GAUAUUCUUCCUGGAUACAAAUCGUAUCAAAACUGAAAGAAGAAUCGUAAAAGCAACAGAAAGACGCAAAUGUACCGGGAUAAUGUCAACCCCUCAAACAUGCUUUGAACAUUCUUCAGAAGAAAUCAGAUUCUUUUGCGAAGAAUGUCAUGUCUUUGUUUGUGAUGACUGUGUUUCAGGACAAGGAAAACAUAUAAGAUGUACAAAAAUUAAACUACGUGAAUAUGGUAAUAAGAACAAAAAUUGUUUGAUUGGAAGUGUUGAAGAAAUUACCAGUAAAAAACUUCCACAUAUUAAAAGAACAUUGGAACUAGCCAAAAAUGUUAAAGGAUCUUUUAACAAAUCAAUGGAUGAAAACAUUGCAGAUGUUCGAUCAAAAACACAAAUAAUAAAGGCAAUUCUUGAUGAAAUACAGAAGGAAAAUAUACGAGCGUUUGAAGAAUCUAGACUAAAAGGAAAUAUGAAAUUUGAUGAAUUUAUAAAUUAUCAUCAAAAACGAUACAGUGAACUAGCACACAUAACAGAAGAAAUUCAACAACAGAAAUCGGACAUACUGCCAUCAGAUGUUGUAAAACACGACUUCGAACUGAAAAAAAUUUUGAAUAUAGAACACGAUUCGGAAACCAUACCGAAACUCGAACCAUCUUGUUUUGAGAUAGCUCAGCAGUACUUAGAGAAAGAAUUUUAUCAGGAUAUUUUUCUGUGCAAGCAUAUUCAGGAGGAUGAGAAAACAGAAUCGUGUGCACAUGGAAUGGAGAAAGAAGAACGAAGCUCUUCCCCGUAUUAUCUAGAACCGGUUUCACAUGCAAGAGUAACUAAUUCAGAUUGUACGGUGAUAGAAAAAAUAACAACUAAAAACUUCGAAGAAAACUCCAGUGACAUUUAUGUGUCAAAAUCAACUGUUACAGGGACUUCAGCAAUUUAUAAUAAAGAAUUAAGCUACACCAUCAUUAAAAAGUUUGAAUGUAAAAAGUCUAUAACUUUCAUUGUACCGAAGACGAAUGUUUACGAGGCUUGGGUUAUCGGAAUGGAUAUCAGCGAGAUAAAUUUAAAACAACAAGAACCAAAAUUCACCACUCUCCUUCCACACAUAGAUGGAGAACCAAUUACAGCUGGAAAAAGUAAAAAGCAUGGCUUACUUAUAGGUCUUAAAAAUAGGAAUUCAAUCAAACUACUUCAAGAGAUGACUGGAACUCAAAGAAGAACUUCGGUCAUGAACAAAUUGGUUUCCCAUAUUCCUGCACAUACUCCACAUUUAUCAGCUAUUUGUACCGUAUCAACCCCAGAGAAGGACAAAGAUAUGGCGUUAUUACUACGUGACUACCAGUUACCAGGAAGUAAAGAAAAGGGAGCAGUAAUUCGAUGGUUUUCUGACAAGAAAUUAAAACCGAAUGAGCUUAAAAUUUCCAAUAAUAUUAAAAUUGAAAACCCAGUAUACAUGGACGAGUAUACAAACGGUAACAUUUGUAUUACAUGUGCGCCGGACGAUAAAUCGUCGUGGAUACAACUUCUUGACAAACAAGGAAAUCACAAGAUGAGGUAUCCACCAAAAGAUGAAAAAUCGUUUGAAGAUAAUAUUGUAUAUUCAUUUAUUGGUGCAGGAUUUCUGAGAGAUGGCCGCAUUACAAUUUUGGAUCGAGUGAGCUUUCGUCAGCAUCUUUUAGAUGACAAUGGACAGCUUAUCAAAAUAGAUCAAUACCAAAACCAACCAUCAUCCUUUGCUGUUGAUAUACACGACAAUAUCUGGAUCGGAUUUGACGACGGAACAGUUCAAGUGAUGGAAUAUAAGGACGCGGACGGAUGGUACGAGGACGUUGAAAUUAAGGGUUAAUAUUUUAAAGAGAUUAUGGUUACUUUUAAA